AUGUCUAACCAUCCAACUGUUUCAAUCAACAACAACAACAACAUUACCACUUCUCAAUCAACAUCACCAUCACCUUCACAAUCAACCACAACAAGAACAACAAAAGAACAAGAACAACAAGACAAACCAUUGAAACAUCAAGACUCACCAAAACAAAGAUCACCUCAAUCUCAAUCACCAUCAGCUAUUACCAUCAAACUCAAAAGACCCAUCUCACCUGACUUUCAUUCAGCUUCAACUAAUUCUCCAAACAAGAGAGCAGCAAGUGAAGAAAACUUAGCCAACAUCAAUUCAUCAACUAAUUCACCAAUCAAUCACGUUCCAAUGCUUCAAUCUAAUGACACUCAAGAUCCUACCACCAACGGUUCAAACACUCCUGUUACUAUCUCGGCUCCAACCGUACCACCUCUUUCACCACCUGAAUUGACUCAAUCAGAAAAUCAACUUCCUACUACCGAUCUACCAUCACCACAAAAUCAAUUCAAUGCCUAUCAAUCUACUUCUAAUCUUUCGCUGGAUGCUACUCAGACUUGGUAUCUAAUCAGUCUUCGUUGGUUCAAAAGAUGGCAAACAGCCUGUGCAACCCAUCAAGCGCCCACCAAGAAUUCAGAAGAUCCAUCUGAAACUCCAAUCUCGAUCGAUCAAUUAGGUCCCAUUGAUAAUUCUGAUCUUCUUGACUCUCAAUUCGAUCUUAAACCUGGUCUUCAAUUAUCCGUUGAUUUGGAAAUCUUAGCCGAACCAUUCUGGAAUUCACUUUUGUCUUGGUACGGUAUCAUUCAAGGUCCUCGAGCGAUCAUCCCUCGUCGCGUCAUCGCUCCUAACGGUCCAGGUUCACAAACCAUUGAAUUCUAUCCACCUAGGUUUCAUUUCUACUUAUUGAUUUCAGAAUUAGCCUCAGAUGAAUGUAGCUUAGUUGUGCCCAACUCAACCCCUGUUCAAAUCCGUUACUCGAUUGCCAAUACUCUGGCUCAACUCAAAACUCAGCUAGUCCAAGAUCUCUUUGAUCCGAUCCUUUCUAGACCUCUAAGACUUUGGAGAUUAUCUAAUCCUCCUUCUCAACCCUCAAUCUUAACUCUCAACCUUCAAGAUUUCUCAAACCUCUUACCCGAACCCAUCAAUCCUGAAUCAGAUCAAAUCGAUCUGAAUGAAGCUCUCUUGACUGAUCCAGAAAACUAUUUAGUUAUUGAACAACAAACUGAUGAUGGUAAUUGGUUAUACAUCAAGUCUGAUCAAUCCCCGCCCGAUCAGGACGUUUUCGAUCAACAAACUUCAAUUUCAGUAUUCGGUGGCGAGCCUUGGUUAGAUCAAAUGGAUCGAAUGAAUAAUAUCAACAAACUCGAUCCUAAAUAUAAAGAAGGCCCAAUCACCACUCUUCAAUCUCCUGGACCUGAUGCUUCGGUUCAAAAGACUUCUUCUAGUAGUACUGGCGGUGGUAUUAUCUCUCAAUUGAAAAGAGCUGCUGGCUUAGGUGGUACGAAUGAUCAAAACCAACUUCUCAAACCAGGUAUGGUUCGAGGUUUGGUAGGACUCAGUAAUCUAGGUAACACGUGUUUUAUGAACUCAGCUUUACAAUGUAUGAGUAACUGUCCCGAAUUAAAACAAUACUUCUUAUCAAGAGUUUAUAUUAAUGAAUUAAAUCGAGUGAAUCCAUUAGGAAUGGGAGGAAAAGUAGCUGAAACGUUUGGACAAUUAAUUGAAAAGUUAUGGAAUUCAACCCCUCAUUCAUCUAUUGCACCUAGAGAAUUCAAAUCGAUCGUAGGAAGGUUUAAUUCAUUAUUUUUAGGUUAUGGUCAACAAGAUUCACAAGAACUCUUGACCUUCUUGUUAGAUGCUUUACAUGAAGAUCUUAAUAGGGUAUUGAAGAAACCUUUUGAUGAGAUUCCGGAUUUUAAAGAUGGUGAUGGUGAUUUAGAAUUAAUCAAAUUGGCUGAAACUUGUUGGAAUUUGUAUAGAAGAAGGAAUGAUAGUGUGAUUGUAGAUCUCUUUCAAGGACAAUAUAAAAGUACUUUAGUUUGUCCUGAUUGUCAGAAAGUCGCCAUCAAGUUCGAUGAGAUCAUGUAUCUGACUCUACAACUUCCUGUCAACAAGAAACAGAGAGGAACGGUCUUCUUCAUCCCUCUUGACCAUACUAAACCUCGUCUCAAGGUUGUGUAUGAGCUACCAAAGGAUUCUACGAUCCGACAAGUCAAGCAACAUAUUGGAAAGAUUCUAGGCUAUGAUCCCGAAAAGAUGGCUGUGAUUGAGGAUUGGUCAGCGAAACCAUGGAAGAUAUGGCAAGAUCCGGAUCAAUUAGAUGCGAUCUUAGAAAGAGAUGUGAUCAACAUCUUUGAAACUCCUAUGACCUAUCAUUCAGCAAAGAGUGCAGUCCAUCUCGGUCCUUCUGACCACAUUCUAGUACCGGUGGUGUCUUAUCGACCAGUGGAGAAGGGUACUUUAGGCAUGUCAAGUAGCUCAAUCCAACGUGGCAGUCGUUCUUUCACCCCUUUUGGGUUCUUUUUUCUAGUUUCCCUCGGUCCUGAUCAAUUACUUAAUCAUGAUACGAUCUAUAAUGCGGUGGUGGAACAAUAUGCGAGGUAUACUAAGAAAUCAGAAGAUUUGUUUGAGGAGGAAGAUGCGGCUGACGAAACUCAAAAUCAAGUUGAAGAAACCAAUUCAGAAGAUGUGGCAAAAGUCAAGACAGAUGCUUCAGGUGAUGUUGAGAUGACAUCUGCUGAACCAUUGUCGACGGCAACAAAGACAAACACCAAAGGCAAACGACAAGCUGUUCCUAAUCUAUUCCGAAUCUCUGUACCUGCUCAACCUACGCCUACGGUUAUUCCUACUUCUAAUGGGAUGGGUGUGACGACUGUAGCUUUGAAGGAACGUGAACUACAUGGAAGACCGGAUGGAGCUCAAAGUCGACCGACUGUGAUCAGUUUACCUGGUAACUUUAGUACCGAAGACGCCGAAGAAGAUCUCUAUGGUGAUCGAGAAACAACGGUUGAAGGUACUACAACGAGUGUAGAAGAAUCAAAAGAAGAAAUGAUACCUUCAACAAGUACUCCAACUAUACCUUCUCAACCGAUUGUACGACAAGGAGAUUUUUUUGAAUGUGAAUGGACAAGCGUUUCAGCACAAACGUUUUUUCCAGAUCGAAAUCAAGCCGAAUUUAAAGGAUGGAGUGAAUUUGAAUUGAUUGAAGAUCCAGAGAUGAUUGAAUCAUCAUUAAAGAAGUCGGAUAAAAAACAAUUAACAAUAGAAGAUUGCUUUAAAGAUUUUUCAAAACCCGAAAGAUUAGGAGAAGAAGAUAUGUGGUAUUGUCCAAGAUGUCAAAAACAUGUACAAGCGAUCAAAACGAUGCAAAUUUGGAAAGUACCUGAUAUCUUAGUUGUUCAUUUUAAACGGUUUAGUAAUGCUCGUACUGCUUAUGGUAGAUCUACUAAAGUAGAUGCAUUUGUUGAAUUUCCGAUUGAAGGGUUAGAUUUGUCUGAUGAAGUUGAAGGAAUUAAAGUGGCUAGAAGACUUAAAGCACAAGCUGUUGAACGAAAACUGAAUGGUCAUAAAGUACAAGAAGGAAUGAUGGUAGAAGAGGAGGAAGAAGAAAGUUUGAUUUAUGAUUUGUUUGCGGUUGAUAAUCAUUUUGGAGGAUUAGGUGGUGGACAUUAUACUGCUUUUGCGAAGAAUGCGACCGAUGGAAAGUGGCAUAAUUUUGAUGAUUCGCAUGUAUCUGAAGUGGAUUCAGCGGAAAAAGUUAAAUCAUCAGCUGCUUAUUUACUCUUUUAUCGAAGACGAACAAACAAAAAUUUAGGAUCCAAGACUCAUAAGAUAGUUAGUUCAGCCCUCGGAUCUACCAUGAUGACAGGACAAGAAGAAGAAGAGGAAGUAGAGCGAGUAGAGCAAGUAGAAGUAGAGGAAGAAGAAGUAGCAGAAGCAGAAGCAGAAGAAGAUCGGUUUAGGACACGAUCCUUGAGUGGAGAAAGCGCAGGAGGAUCAUCUGCAAGAUGUUUAUCACCAUCUAGUGAACCACAAGCAUUAGAUUCACCUAGAGCUGGAUCGAUUUUUGAUGUUGAGGAAGAAAGGGUGAAGUUUGUUCAAGAUACUUCACCAUUACCACCUACUCCACCACCUCCACCACCAGCUCUAGCUCCAUUUUCCGGAGGAUUAGAACGAAAGAAAAUUCAUGGGAUCUCAUCGGGUGGUUUGAUUGAAGAUUCAAGUUUACUUCCACCGGCUUAUGAUGAAUUAGGUUUAGAUAAAUCAGAUGAAAUCGUUCAUGAUUUGAAAUUAGAUUAG